GGACCAUACUUUUUUAUGGUCCAUACUUUUUUUUAUGGAUCAUGAAAAGGUGGAAAAAAGAAAUAAGUGGCACUAGAUCUUCACAUUUCUGCAUCUGGUCCAUGUCGAAGAAGUCGUACGGUCCUGCCAAGAAGAUGGCGCCAAGCGCACCAUCACCUCAUUCCGAGCCUGAAAGCAGUGCUGGCCCAGAUGCAGCAAUGAACGCAGCAGCUGGAGCGGCAGCAGGAGCAGUUGCAGGAGUGGGUCUUUGGGGGUUCGCUAUGCCCGCUGCCAAUUUCAUCGGAUUCACCACAACCGGCAUCGCCAGCGGCUCCACGGCCGCGUCGAUGAUGUCGGCUGCAGCUAUUGCUAACGGGGGUGGAGUUGCUAGUGGCAGUGCUGUUGCGGUCUUACAGAGUGUUGGAGCUGUUGGAUUGGCGACACCAAUCGGCCUAGCCCUCGUUGCUGGUGGAGCGGCCGUUGGCGGCGCGGCAUUCCUGAUGAAGUCACGCUUGUCCAAUCGACAGAGAGAACAAACAGAUACAGCGGUGUCUGAAGUUGAAGACGAGGAAAAGAGCGUCUGGGUGCUGGUCGAGAUACCGCCUGACUCGGGGAAGCCCGUGAUCAGCACGUUCGAUGACGACUACAAGGCGCGCAACGCAUUCUUGAAUUCGCGGGCCACGAGGAAGGCACUGUUCGAUCCCGAGAAGCAGAUAGUGCUGGAAUUUGGAUGGGACCAUUCGAUGUAUGAGUAAGGGAGUCAUGCUUCGGAAGUCGGACAUAAUGACAUUGAACAGAGCUAAUACGACAUUGUAUAUCGACGACAUAGUAUAUGAUUGUUUAGCGGUAGUUGCUACGUGU